AUGCCUCCCGUUCCUCGGUCACCUAUCAAAUUGGCUAUUCUUGAUGAUUAUCAAGGAAUUGCCUUGAAGCAUUUUGAGACGCUUAAACCUACCGUUGAGAUCACCACCUUCCCAGAUACCCUCUUACCUUAUAACGAUCCUUCAACCCCUGAAGAUGUCAAGAGCCAGCUUGUGGAGAGGCUCAAGCCUUUUACAAUCAUCUCAUCUAUGAGAGAACGGACUCCAUUCCCUGCAUCGCUUCUAAAAGAGCUCCCCAAUCUGAAAUUUCUCCUCAAUGCAGGAAAUAGGAACAAGGGCAUUGAUAUGGAAGCUGCUAAGAAAUAUGGGAUUAGUGUCACUGGUACUUCGGGAAAUUCAAAGACGGGACCAGAUAGCACCACUCAACAUACUAUUGCACUGAUUCUGGGUAUUGCAAGGAAUAUUUCCUGGGAUGAUAAAGUAGUCAAGGAAGGUGGUUGGCAAACAACGCUGGCAACAGGGUUGGCUGGAAAAACUCUUGGAACUUUGGGCUUAGGAAAGUUGGGUACAAGUGUAGCCAAAAUUAUGUAUUCAGCGUUUGGUAUGAAAGUAAUAGCAUGGAGCUCAAGUUUGACUCAAGAAGCCGCAGACCAGAAGGCUAGGGACUGUCGUUUUGCUACAGAGGAUGAGGACGGCGAGAAAGUAUUCAAGGUUGUGAGUAAGGAAGAAUUGUUCUCAACAGCGGAUGUAGUUAGCGUGCACCUAGUAUUAGGUGAUCGUUCGAAAGGAAUAGUAGGGGAAAAGGACCUGGAUUUAAUGAAGAAGAGCGCUUUGUUUGUCAAUACGUCACGUGGACCUCUUGUUCAACAGGAUGCGUUGUUGGAUGCUUUGCAGAAGGGAAAGAUUCGUGGGGCAGCGCUAGAUGUCUUUGAUUUGGAACCGUUGCCAGCGGAUAAUCAAUGGAGAAGCACAAAAUGGGGAGAGGAGGGAAGAAGUCAAGUAUUGUUGAGUCCGCACAUGGGUUAUGUUGAAGAAGAUAAAAUGAAUGAUUGGUAUCGGCAACAGGCUGAGAAUGUGCAGAGAUGGCAUGAUGGAAAAGAAUUGAUGGAUGUAUUGGCUUAG